AUGUUGUUAGAUGUUAGUGUAGCAAUAAACUCAUCCAGCCAAAAACAACGUUUUAAAGUUAAACUUGAUGAAUCAAGCCAACAAAAGAGUAUUCAGGACAAACCUGCAGAAUUAUCUGGUGACAUGAAAAAGUUGAACAUUGAAGAGAAAGGAUAUCAAAAGGACACAGUCAGUAGAACAAGUGAUAAAGAAUUGUCAAGUGAUGAUGAAAUUACACAUGAGAGCUUGAAUACAGAAUCUGAAUCACAUAAAGGGAAUGAAGCUGCUGCCUUUCUGGAAAAAGAAAGAAUGAUUGAAGACCAACAAAAUAUUCCUAAAGAAUCAGAAAUAUCAGGAAUUUUACGAGUCUCCAAAGAUGCAUCGGAUGAUCCAGAGAAAAAAAUUACUAUGAUAGACUUUGCGGGACAGUGUUCAUAUUAUUCCUCACAUCAGAUUUUUUUGAGUCCAAGGGCAUUCUUCAUCCUAGUGCUUAAUAUGAAGAAGAAAUUACUUGAAAAGGUUGGAAAAGAAGUUUGUAGCCAGAAAGGUUCAAUUUACGAAGGGUGGACAUACAAAGACUAUCUAACAUUCUGGACCAAGUCCAUUCAUCAAUACAGCAGUGAAAAGGCUCCUGUUAUACUGGUGGGCACUCAUGCUGAAAAAAAGACAAAGGAGGAAAAAGAAAAGUUUUUCCGUGAGAUAUGGACGAGCUUGGAAACAAAGGAUGGGUCUCUGCAAAAACAUAUUGACAGGAAAAGGAUGUUUGCUGUUGGAUUCCAUGAGAAUAAAUGCAUUGAAAAAAUUAAGCUGUCAGUUGUUGAUGUUGUCAAAAACCUUGAUCACUGGGGUGAAAAACUUCCGCACUCCUGGACUAUGUUUGAAAACUUCUUCCAGGAAAAGAAAAACCUUAAAAUCAUCAUUGGGAACACAAGAAGGUAUUAA